AUGGCGGCGGCGGCGCUGCUUCUGGUGAUGAUGCAGCUGAUGUGGUCGGCGGAAGCGCAGGUGGCGGUGGGUGCAGGGCCGCCGACGGGCUGCCCGGACAGAUGCGGCAACGUCAGUGUGCCGUUCCCGUUCGGCAUCCGCGACGGGUGCUCCCUCGCAGGCUUCCGCCUCACCUGCGACGCCACGCGCAGCCCGCCGCGGCUGAUGCUCGGCAACGGCACCCUCCAGGUGGUCGAGAUCUCGCUGGCCAACUCCACGGUGCGAGCCGUCGACGUCGCCGGCGCCGCGAACAUGACCUUCGGGACGAUCGAUGGCAACGGUACGUGGGCCGGGGUCGGCUACGACUCCGACGGCCCGUACGUCGUCUCCGAGACGCGCAACCAGCUCCUCGUCACGGGGUGCAACGUUCUCGUCACCCUUCAAGGGAGCAGCAGCAAUGACAUCGUCGGCUGCUCCUCCUUCUGCUCCAACAACGACAGGUGGACGGGCACCGUGCUGAGCAUGCCCGGCGACAAGUGCUCCGGCCUCGGCUGCUGCAAGACGCCGAUCCCCAUCGGCCGCCCCUCCUACCACGUGCAGCUCAAGAACCUCGACUUCAGCCGCGAGCAGGACGGCAAGGUGCCAAACGCGGUGCGCAUCGCCGAGCUUGAAUGGUUCGACAGAUUUGCCGACAAGCUGCUCAACUCCUCUGAGUCCUCUCUCCAGCUGCCGGUUCCGGUGGUGCUGGAUUGGGCGGUGGCGUCCACCGCGGUGAUAACUCCGGGAGUGCCUCAGUUCGACAACUCCUCCUGCCCCACGGCCGGGAGGGGCGCCUGCCUGAGCAGCAACGGUUUCUGCCGCAACGUCACCGGCAACUACCGCACCGGCUACGUGUGCCGGUGCGAGGAGGGGUACGACGGCAACCCCUACGUCGCCGGCGGAUGCCGAGACAUCGACGAGUGCAAGCUCCCGGGGAAGUGCUACGGCCAGUGCACCAACACGCCGGGAAGUUUCGUGUGCCGGUGCCCACGCGGUGCUCGUGGAAACGCCAGCAUCCAAAAUGACUGCGUCCCUACUCUAGGUUUAACAAUUGGUAUAGGAAUUGGCAGUGGUGCUGGCCUUUUUCUCCUAGCACUUGGCGUUGUCUUUUUAACAAGAAAGAUUAAGCAUAGAAGAGCAAGAUUAUUGAGACAAAAGUUCUUCAAACAGAACCGUGGCCAUUUGUUGCAACAGUUGGUAUCUCAGAAAGCUGAUAUUGCUGAAAGGAUGAUCAUCCCCUUGGUAGAAUUGGAGAAGGCCACAAACAACUUUGAUGAAUCGCGUGAGCUUGGAGGAGGAGGACACGGUGUAGUGUACAAAGGUAUUCUAUCGGACCUUCAUGUUGUCGCAAUUAAGAAAUCAAAGGUGGCAAUACAAAGAGAGAUCAAUGAGUUCAUAAAUGAGGUAGCCAUUCUAUCGCAGAUCAACCAUCGUAAUGUGGUCAAACUUUUUGGAUGUUGCCUUGAGACAGAAGUACCAUUGUUGGUCUACGAAUUCAUAUCAAAUGGUACUCUUUACCAUCAUCUCCAUGUUGAAGGAUCAAUAUCAUUGGUAUGGAAAGAUAGGCUCCGAAUUGCGACCGAAACAGCUAGAGCUCUUGCCUAUCUUCACUCAGCCGUAUCAUUCCCUAUAAUUCAUAGGGACGUCAAGUCCCAUAACAUCCUGUUAGAUGGUUCAUUAACCACAAAAGUUUCAGACUUUGGAGCUUCGAGAUGUAUUCCAGUUGAACAAACAGGAGUCACAACCGCUAUUCAAGGAACACUAGGAUACUUAGAUCCCAUGUACUACUACACGGGACGUCUUACUGAGAAAAGCGAUGUUUAUAGCUUUGGUGUUGUUCUAAUAGAGCUGCUUACUAGGAAAAAACCAUACUCAUAUAGAUCAUUUGAGGAUGAUAGUAGCCUUGUGGCACAUUUCAGUGCUCUACUCUCACAAGACAACUUAGGCGACAUACUUGAUCCCCAGGUAAUGGAGGAGGGAGGUCAAGAAGUUAAAGAAGUAGCUAAGUUGGCUGUGGUAUGUGUUAAGCUAAGAGCAGAGGAGCGACCCAUCAUGAGACAAGUGGAGAUGACAUUAGAAAGCACACUAUCAUCAUUUUCGCCGCAAAAUGUGUUGCACAGUGAGAGCAGAAAUAUAUCUAAUGAGAAUCAAGUCUUAAGAAGUCCCCUAGCAAUUGAUGGCAUAGGCAUGGAGUCAACUAGGCAGUAUAGCCUUGAAGAAGAGUAUUUGUUGUCAUCAAGGUACCCCCGGUAG